CUUUCAAUUUCUACCUAAUCAGCUGCAUUCCCUUCUCCUUAACAAACUACCUUUAGUUACCCUUUUUUAGCUUUGUAUAAAUACUUCAUAUUUUCACCUUCAUGUCUUGUCCGAACAAGCACAGAAUAAUUAAAACUUUUUGGCUAGACAAAUGACUUUCCAUGGUGGUUCCCUUUCCAGAAUGACCCUUUUUCUUGCCGGGUUCUUUGCAUUCAUUUCUUUUCCAGCGGAAGCUGCUGUAAAGAAGUACCAGUUUGAUAUCCAAGUGAAGAAAGUUAGCAGAUUGUGUCAUGCAAAGCCAAUUGUAACUGUAAAUGGGAGGUUUCCAGGGCCUACGAUCUAUGCUAGAGAGGGAGACAGAGUUAUUGUCAAUGUUACUAACCAUGCAAAAUAUAACAUGUCCAUUCAUUGGCAUGGAUUGAAGCAGUAUCGAAACGGUUGGGCCGAUGGACCAGCUUACAUAACUCAGUGUCCAAUUAAGACUGGGAAUAGCUACACUUACGACUUUAAUGUGACAGGGCAGAGGGGAACUUUGUGGUGGCACGCGCACAUUCUUUGGCUGAGGGCUACAGUAUAUGGAGCAAUUGUCAUCAUGCCAAAACAAGGAACGCCAUUCCCAUUCCCACAGCCAAACAUGGAACAGAUUAUAAUAUUAGGCGAAUGGUGGCAUACUGAUGUGGAAGAGCUUGUCAAGCAAGGAACUAACAUGGGCUUGCCACCAAAUAUGUCAGAUGCACACACAAUCAAUGGGAAGCCGGGACCUCUUUUUCCAUGUUCUGAGAAACAUACAUUUGCAAUGGAGGUUGAAUCAGGCAAGACAUAUUUGCUAAGAAUCAUCAAUGCCGCCCUCAACGAUGAGCUUUUCUUUGCUAUCGCUGGUCACGACAUGACAGUGGUUGAGGUUGAUGCAGUUUAUACAAAGCCAUUCACCACUCAAGCUAUACUGAUUGCCCCAGGGCAAACAACGAACGUUCUUGUCCAAGCCAACCAAUUGCCUGGCAGAUAUUUCAUGGCUGCUAGGCCUUUCAUGGAUGUUCCACUUCCUACUGACAACAAAAUAGCAACAGGAAUACUCCAAUACAAAGGAAUCCCUAACACUGUUCUUCCUACCCUUCCCCAAUUACCAGCUCCCAAUGACACAGCUUUCACUUUGAACUACAACAAAAAGCUAAGGAGCUUAAACUCUGCAAAGUUUCCUGCAAAUGUGCCCCUUAAAGUUGAUCGAAAACUCUUCUACACAAUUGGUUUUGGCAAAGAUCCUUGCCCAACAUGCUUAAACGGAACAAAACUCCUAGCCUCCUUGAACAACAUCUCCUUCGUGAUGCCCAAAGUUGGGCUUCUCCAAGCUCAUUACUUCAAUAUGAAAGGAGUUUUUAGGACAGAUUUCCCUGACAAACCUCCUAAGCCAUUCAACUAUACCGGUGCACCCCUUACAGCCAAUCUUGGCACUGCACAUGGUACAAGACUUAGCAAGAUUGCCUUCAAUUCUACAGUCGAGCUAGUGCUUCAAGACACCAACCUUCUAACAGUUGAGUCACAUCCAUUCCAUCUCCAUGGCUAUAACUUCUUUGUCGUGGGAACUGGUAUAGGAAAUUUUGAUCCUGUCAAAGACCCGGCCAAGUACAAUUUGGUUGAUCCUAUUGAAAGGAACUCAGUUGGAGUUCCCACCGGGGGUUGGACCGCCAUUCGCUUUAAAGCAGACAAUCCUGGUGUUUGGUUUAUGCAUUGUCAUUUGGAGCUCCAUACUGGGUGGGGAUUGAAAAUGGCAUUUGUGGUUGAAGAUGGACCGGGAGCUGAUCAAUCAAUUCUGCCUCCACCCAAGGGUUUGCCACCAUGCUAACUGUUUGAAAAGUUUGUCAAAGAUCAACAA